ACAACUUUUUUCUGUGACUGCGAGGACAAAUAUCAGGGUUCCCUGUGUGAGGAAUUUGAUGCUUGUCAGAGCCAGCCCUGUCAGAACAACGCAACCUGCACCGAUGUAGCGGAGAAACAUGGUGGGAGCAAUUUCACCUGCAGCUGCCUGGCUGGUUACACUGGAGAGCUGUGCCAGUCAGAGAUUGAUCAUUGCAUCCAGCGGCCAUGCCAAAAUGGAGGUACCUGCUCAUCCAGCAUCAAUGGAUUCAGUUGUCAGUGCCCAGAAGGGUUUUUGGGACCCUCUUGUGAAGACAAAAUAGACCCUUGUGUGUCGUCUCCCUGCCGAAACAAUGGAACCUGCUAUGCAGAUAGACUUGCCUUCUCCUGCAGUUGUAGUCCUGGAUUUACAGGACCUACAUGUGCUCAGCUGAUUGACUUCUGCGCUCUGAAUCCUUGUGCACAUGGCAUUUGUCGCAGUGUUGGAACCAGCUACAAAUGCCUCUGUAUCCCUGGUUACCACGGCCUUUACUGUGAGGAGGAAUAUAACGAAUGCCUUUCUGCACCCUGCCAGAAUGGAGCCACCUGCAGAGACCUUGUCAAUGGCUAUGAGUGUGUGUGCCUUGCUGAAUAUGAAGGAAGGCACUGUGAAUUAUACAAAGAUCCUUGUGUUAACAUCAACUGUCAGAACGGUGGCACUUGUGACAGCGAAGGUCUAAAUGCUACAUGUAUUUGUGCACCUGGGUAUACAGGUGAAGAAUGUGAAAUUAAUGUAAAUGACUGUGACAGCAACCCAUGUCACCAUGCUGGAACUUGCAUAGAUCAGCCUGGUGGUUACACCUGCCAUUGUCCACAUGGAUGGGUCGGUGCAAACUGCGAAAUACAUCUGCAGUGGAAGUCUGGGCGUAUGGCAGAGAGUCUAACAAAUAUGCCUCGUCACUCACUCUACAUCAUAAUUGGGGCUCUCUGCGUAGCAUUUGUUCUGAUGCUCAUCAUUCUGAUUGUGGGAAUAUGUCGCAUCAGCCGCAUUGAAUAUCAAGGCUCUUCCAGGCCAGCCUAUGAAGAAUUUUACAACUGUAGAAGCAUUGACAGUGAAUUCAGUAAUGCAAUUGCUUCUAUCCGACAUGCCAGGUUUGUUCUGGGGAUGGGUGGUCCCCAACUGGAAAUACCUUCUCCAGCUGAAGGUUUACCUGUACAAAAUGAACCAACUUGUCAAGAUCGCUUCAAAUUCAACAAGAGUGUUCAU